CUUUAGGCCUGUAGUCUGUUGCACUACGAAGACGAUUUUUUAAGACCCCCUCUCUUAAGAACCUGAAUCAAGUACCACAAAAACGGUCAAGAUGGCACUUAAUUUAGUCAAUAUUAAAACUAUAUAUGCCGAAGACCCAAAACUUGAAGAAAAAGACGUCAAAUCCCUUGUAAAAUGGGUUCAAAACCAACCUCAUUUACCCAAAAUUGGCGAUUUUGAGGCGAUCUUCUUUCUAAAAAAAAGCGGCUAUCGUCUUGGUCAUGUUCAAACCACGGUUGACACAUUCUUCACUUUGAAAAAUUUAUGGCCUGACGUGUUUCUAGAAAGGAAUUUUGCCAAAACUCCCCAGCAACAAGGAAUUUUGGACACAAUGGUAAUGAUGGUGCUGCCCAAAAGAACACCUGAGGGUUAUGCUAUCAUUUUUAUGAAACCUUUGAGCCCAAAUAUGAUUAACUAUAAAAUCGAAACUUUGUACAAAUAUGUGUAUAUGGCGUGCUUGUUGGAUGUGUACCAAAAAGGACCCGCAAAUGGACAUAUAAUUGUUUAUGAUAUUCAGCACUUCCCUGAGUGUUUCAUACCCAAAAUGGAGUACAGUUUUUUUAAGAAAUUUUUUUACUAUGACUACGAAGUCAUCCCAAUUAUGCAAGUAAAAGAAAUGCAUAUUUAUAACACGAAUCCUAGAAUGGACGAAAUUGUUGCUGUUUUCGAGGCUACUGCUCUCAAACCACUUUUACCGUUGAUAAUAGUCCACGAAUCGUUGGACGAUUUGAUGAAAUACGUACCCAAAGAGUACUUGCCUCAAGAUUGUGGUGGUUUAUUGGAACCAGUGGGUACUUUGCAUGAGAAAAACAAGAGCCAAUUGUUGAAAAAUGGUGAAUUCUUUGAUUCGUUUGAUCAGCUGGUGGUAGACGAGAGUAAAAGACCAGCGAACAACACGAUUGCUCAGAACAUGUUUGGCUUUCAGAAGAAGUAACCAAAAAACAUAUUUUUUGAAUUAUUAUAUUGCAUUUUUGACUGGCACCGGCUAAUAUGGUACCUAUUUACAAUGAAAUUUUAUCAAUGUAUUUUAAUUGUGCAUGUUGUUGACACUGAGUGUAUUUUUAAAUAAAUUAUCCAUUAUCGCAUG